AUGGACAGGGCCAGGCGGCAGCGGGCACUGACCCUCCUCCCCGUCUGCCUGGCCCUGGCCUUCUCCCUCACUGCCCUGGGCAGUAGCCACUGGUGCGAGGGGACCCGGCAGGUGGUGAAGCCGCUGUGCCAGGACCAGCUGGGUGGGCUGCACUGCAUCCACUUCAGCCAGGGCGGUGGUGGCCGGAGGGACGACGAGAGCCGGGCUGUCCAGUACAUCUGGGAGGUGGGGGAUGACAAGUUCAUCCAGCACAGGUUCCACGUGGGGCUCUGGCAGUCCUGUGAGGAGAGCUUCCACAGCACAGAUGAAAAGUGUAGGAGUUUCUGGACUAUAAUACCAGCUGAAGAACAAGGUGUUUUGUGGCUAUGCAUUGGGGCUGAGGUCCUGGCCAUCCUUCUGAUGCUGAUAAGUACCAUCCUUCUGGGAUCCAGAGUGAGUUGUACCAGCUCUGGGUUUGACUGGCUGAAGGUGGAUGCCUCAGUAGCCAUCCUCAUGGUGCUGGCAGGGCUCCUAGGCAUGGUGGCCCACAUGAUGUAUACGACCAUUUUUCAAAUCACUGUGAACCUUGGACCAGAUGACUGGAAACCUCAGACUUGGGACUAUGGCUGGUCCUAUUGCCUCGCCUGGGGUUCUUUUGCCCUCUGCAUGGCUGUGUCUGUUGCCACCAUGAGCAGAUACACGGCCACCCGCCUGGAGUUCACAGAGGAGCGGAGGAAGCAGAAGGACAGUCAACACACCCAACACACCUGUCCAGAACCCAAGGCUUCGGAGAUCGUUUGGGAAACAGGAGCAGCUCCCAGGCCUGCUGGACAUGCCCUUGUGAACAUUUCUGGGCACCUGCCACCAGGUGCCCCAAGCAAAGUGUCUAUGUGCUAA